CUAACUUUUUUAAACUUAUGUCAAAAUUUGGAAUUAUUUUUCCAGUUUCCUCAGUUAAUUUUGUUUCUAAUUCAAAUAAUGUAACUACUCUGUCAUCAUCAACUGGAAUCUGUAAAACACUUAUACUUUCUUUACCACGAUUAGAGCAUUUGGCUACACUGCUUGCAGUGCUAUUAACUAAAGUAUGUGGGUGUUAUAAAAUUGGUACAUCAUAUAAUUUUAUGAAUAUAAACAAUGGCAGUUAAAGAAAAGCAAACGGAUACUUCUACUGACGAAAUAGAAUGGAAUAUUGAAAAUGAAAUUCAAUUAUUCUUUGCUAUGAAUGGUCAUAAACCCGUUGGUAUUAAUAAAUAUUUUCACAUGGUUUGCAUAUGGGAAAAAUUUCGUGCUGCAAUUCACAAGGAUGUAUCAUUAAAAACAAUUUGGGAACAUUUAGAAUCAAUGUAUGAUCUAAUGGCUCUGGAUGAUAUGGAAGAUUUACCAUUUCCCAGUCAAGAGAUAGAUUUUUCUUUACCAGAACAAGAAUUUUUGGGACCAAUUAAAUCUCGAAAGAGAGAAGAACCAGAAUUAAAGCUAAAAGAACAAAGAGAUAAAUUUAAAGAACUUAAGAAAGAAAAAGAUUUUAAGGAUAUUAUGAAAAAAGAUACUGUUCUUCGUGAUCUUAAAGGAAGUAAAGAUAUUGAUAAAAAAAAGGAAGAAUUUAAAAAAUAUGUAAAAGACAUAGAACUCAAAAAAGAUAAACUCAGAGAAAUUAAAGAUAUUAGGAAAGAUUAUAAAUCUCCUAAAGGACGAUCAAAAGGAAAGGAUGAUGUUGAAGAAAUAGCUUCAAAUGGUAAAAAGGAACGUAAAGAUUCUGAUUCUGUCCGAGAAAGCUUAAAGAGAGGUCCAAAACGACCAACAAGACAAAGUGUGGAUUGCACAUCUAAAGCAUCCUCUAGUCCACGUGAUACACCUCCACCAAAACGAAGGAGAAUAUAACAAUUUAUUUUAAGUUAUUAUAUGUACAUUGUAUAAACAUUGUUUGAAUUUUAAUAUAAGAAUAAAAUGUGAAUCAUGUAUUUUUCUGUACAUGAAACACAUGAUAACUAAUACUUUAAAAUUUAAUUUUAUAAAAAAGAUUUACAUUAAGUCAUUGUAAAUAUUCUGUAAUGCAAAAAAAGUAUUAAAUGUUUAUUAAAAUUUAUAAUUUUUUUCGCAAAAAAAAAACAAUAUUAAGGUAAUCAGUAUAAUUUAUUAAGUAAUCUAAUGAUUACAAUAAAAAUCAUAUGUUAUGAAAAUAGAUAAAGCAAAAAUUGGUAUUGAUUACUCAUUAAUCAAUAUUUAUUACAGAGAUUGUAACAUCUUCAUUGACAUAUAUAUGUAAAAAUUAGAUGAUUAAAAAUUUGGCCAUACUGAGUUUAUCUGUGCUAUUGGAAUAAUUGGUGAUCCUCAUUUUUGUUGAUGGAAUGAAUUGUAAUAUUGUAUUAAAAUAGAAUCCAGACACUAUAGAAGAUUUUUAUGUGUCGGAG